CUCUGUCGGUGGUGCUGGUGACGGUGCUGGUGACGGUGGUGCUGAUCGGUCCGGCGGCCGGCCUCGACCGGCCCGUGCAGCGUCCGUGCGACUUCAAUCCCAUGUGCUCGUGUGCCGUGCUGGCCGGCGCUGGCGGGGCGCACACACAACAGGUGCGCUGCGUCGGAGUGCCCUUCGGAGUCCUGCCAGACCUCCCUCUGGGUCCGCUGGCGUCCAUCGAGCUGAUCAACUCUGGCCUGGAGCGGCUGGACGAGGACAGCUUCCGCGGAACCCGGGUCGAGACGCUGCGCCUGAUGAGCAACCACAUCACCUGGAUCCACCCCGCCGCCCUCAGGUCGGUGGCCGGAUCUCUGAUUUCCAUCGACGUCAGCUUCAACCGGCUCUACUCGUUGCCGUCCGAGAUGUUCCGCGCCAUGAGCAACGUCAGCUUCGUCAACCUGCGCGGAAACUUUCUGAGCGAGCUGCGGCCGUCCGACUGGCGGAAGAUGCGCCAUUCGCUCACACAGGCCUUUGUUGGUGAGAACGAGCUGUGCAAGCUGGAGCCGGGCACCUUCGCCGGCUUCAGGCAGCUGACCACACUCAACCUGGACGGCAACCUGCUCAAGGAGCUGCCGGCAGACGCGCUGCCCGACACGCUGCACAUGCUGAACGUCAACAACAACCUGUUGACCCGGCUGCCGACCGCAGCACUUCACAAACUGCGCCGGCUCAACUGGCUCUAUUUCCAGGGCAAUCACAUCACCGAGCUGCCGGCCACCUCCCUGGGUGGUGCGCGCCGUCUGGUGGAGCUGCGGCUCUCCCACAACCUGCUCACCGAGCUACCCGGCCGACUGUUCAACGGCUCGACGCGCGUGCACGACCUGCACCUGCAGUACAACCAGCUGAGCGCGCUGCGCCGCUCAGCGUUCGCCGGCCUCCACCUGGCGCGCCUGUUCCUCGGCUACAACCGGCUCACCUGGGUCGACGCCGACGCCUUCCACGGGGUGGGCCACAGUCUGACCUUCCUAGAUCUGGAAGGGAACCAGCUGAUGGAGGUGCCGCCUGCACUGCGGACGCUCCGGAAGCUGCGCUUUCUCACACUGGCCAACAACGGCCUGUCGGAGGUGCCGGCGGGCGCGCUCAUCCCCUUCCAGGACUCGCUGGAGUCUCUCAGUCUGGCAGAAAAUCUAUUGGAGAACGUGCCGGCAGCGGCUCUGCGCGGCUGCUCCCAGCUCACGUCGCUGAACCUCGACGGAAAUCGUCUGCGCAAUAUCAGCGACCAGGACUGGGUGGGCUGGGCCGGGAAGCUGGUGCACCUCCUGCUACGAAACAACCUCCUGACGUGGCUCCCUGAGCGAACGUUCCAGGCGGCGCCCAACAUCCGUAAGCUAAGUCUCUCUUUCAAUCGGCUGCGGCACUUUACUUCCCAGUCACUGGCAGAUCUGGCCAGUUCGCUGGUCAAUCUAGAAGCAAGUUUUGCUGUUCAGGGGAGGGAGUUCCCCUACGAACUCGUUCAACCGCUCGCCUCGCUUCGAUGGCUGGUGAUGGACAAUAAUGGCUUCCGCAGGAUAGGCGACAGCGCGUUGUACACGAUGCCUGAGCUGGAGUAUGUGAACCUCGAGUCAAACCGGCUCCGCUCGCUGCCCACCGCGCUGUUCCACAAAGAUGUGCACAAGAAGCUGAGCGACGUGCGUCUCUCCUACAACGAGAUCACUCGGCUAGAGAGGGAGACGUUCAGCGGUCUGGAGGGUCUGAACACCGUGGUGCUCAUGGGAAAUAAGAUCUCAAUGGUCGACAAUCUGGCCUUUAGUAACCUCGUCAGACUAAUCACAGUGACGCUGGACUCCAACCGAAUCUCCGAGCUCGGCGCCCCGGCAUUUCACGGACUGCCAAACCUCCUUCAGCUGGAUCUUCAGAACAACCGGCUCCGGGACUUCUCAAUGAAGACUUUCUUCAACGUCACCAACGAGCAUAUGCCGCUGACGCUGAACCUGAGCAGUAACGAGAUCAACGCUCUGUAUCCGUAUCCGACGGGCACCCCGCUGUUCGUGAAGACUCUCGACCUCAGUCACAACCGUCUCAUAGAGGUCCCGACAGGCUUCCUACAGGGUGUGUCAGUCUCACUCCGUCACCUCGACCUCAGCUUCAACGUCAUUGAGCGAUUGGAUGGCGGCGCGUUCUCGACGCUAGAUAAACUCCAAGUUCUAAAUCUGCGAGGAAACGCUAUCCGUCAGCUGGACGAAAAGUCGCUGGAGGGCGUCGGCGCGGUGCAGAUCCUCGACCUCAGCCGCAACUCCAUAGCGCAGCUACCGGAGACGCUGCUGCGGAGACUGACCGCGCUGCGUCACCUCACCCUGGCGCACAACCAGCUGGAGACGCUGCCACAGCCACUGCUGCAGAACGCGCCGCUCGAGUCACUCGACUUGAGCGGUAACCGGCUGCGCGUGCUGCCCUCGGCGGCGCUGGCGGCCGUCGGCAGCUCGCUGGCCAGACUCGACCUCUCCGACAACCGUCUGGACCAGCUAGACGGCAUCAUGUUCGCCCGACUGCCGCGGCUCAGCCGACUCAGCCUGGCGCGCAACAGGCUCUCGGUGCUGCCGGACACGGUGUUCCUCAGCCUGCCGCGGCUGCUCAGCCUGGACCUCAGCGACAACCCGCUGCGCACCAACUACAAGGAGCUGUUCCACUAUCUCCAACAGCUGCAGGAGCUGCGUCUGGCCUCCGUGGGUCUGGAGAAGGCGCCCGACCUGCCCCUACCGAACCUGGUACACCUGAACCUCUCCUCCAACGGCAUGACGCAGAUUCCGUUCGGAUCGUUCGGCAUGAUGAGGAGCCUUCGGGUGCUCGACCUGAGCAACAACGCCUUCGCAGAGGUGCCCAGCAAAACCUGGAUGCAUACGCCUUUGCUGCACACACUCCACAUCUCCGGGAACCCGGUGCAGAUACUCAAUGGCGACUCGUUCGCCGGGCUGGACCACCUGCGUGACCUGGGGCUGGGCGGACUGCACCAGCUGAUCCGCUUUGACACGGACACACUGCUCGGCAUGCGAGAGUUGGACACGCUGCGCAUCACCACCUGCCCGCAGAUCGAAAAGUACAGGUUCCGACUGGGCGGUGUCCUGAACGGCCUCCAGUCGGUGCGGCGUCUUCACGUCGAGGUGCGGGAGAACAAGCUGGACGACCAGCUGUGGGGCGGCUUCGGACCGAAGCUGACGGAGCUGCGACUGACCGGCGCCAGCCUGCGACAGGUCGACCCGGAGGCCUUCAAGGGAUUCCAGGGCCACCACGAGCUGGUGCUGCAGCUGACGGACACCUCGGUGUCGGAGCUGCCGGACGACCUGCUGCGCCACCUGCGACACGUCACGGCGCUGACACUCGACCUGCGCAGGAACCGACUCAUCAACCUCAGUCCGAGCACCCUGUACCGCAACGGCUCCGACUGGGAGACACCCGGCACACAGCUGGUCAAAGGUGGUAUCGCUCUGAGCCACAACCGCUGGGUGUGCGACUGCGGCCUCCUGUGGCUCGGUCAGUGGCAGCGGCGCUGGGUGCGCGAGAGCCUCCGAAUCCACACGGAGGUGCCGAGAAACGCUCAGCACGUGCAGCGACUGGUGCGGCAGGCCACCUGCACCGACCUCAGGACCGGUGCCGAGACGCCCAUCAUGGACCUGCGAGCCGAGAAUCUCCACUGUCGGAUAGGAGCCACAGACGCCGGCGGCCGGCCGGCCGGCACCGGCAGUCUGCUGCUGCUGCCGCUGCUGCUGAGCCUGCCGCCCCUCCUGCGCCGCGACCUCCUGGACGUGACGUAGGACCGGACGUCGGACAGAGGUGUGACGCAUGCUGUGACACUGACGUGACCGUGACGCCCCGUCACAGGCCGUCACAAGGCCGAGCCGUCCCGCUUGGAGGCGGAGCGUCACCAGAGUAGAGGCGAGGGCAGCAGUCUCGCCCAAACCGGUCCAAUGUUCCUCGUGUUGAUGGAAGAGUUUUAACACAACGCAGUUGUUUAUAGUGUGGACGUGCCGGCAAUGUUUUUACGCAAACACUGUAAUAUAGCCAUGUUGUAAAUUAAUUGCUAUUGCUGUUGAGUUUGUGUGCAAUGUAUUGAGCAGACCAGGCACGCGAGCGAAUUUUAUGGUAAGGUUCAACAAACUCGUCAACUCAAAGGCCAAUACUGGAAUUAUUCACAAAACAUCGCGCAAAAGUCCGAAACGCACAGUUUUACUUGUCCUGGAUAGCCCAACCGUUCACGUCCUAAUCGCGAGGUAGCUCUGACGGCUCUCUGGACAGUCGACUCAGUCCGAACUCGGCCGCCGCCCGAUGCCCGGUGCUCGGUGCGCGUGUAUCUGUGUGCGUCCGUGUCCGCCGGCGGCGCCGCCAGUGGAGCCGCCGGCCGCCGGUGUCAGUAUUGAUCCGGGUGACCUGGCCCGUGUGCCCGCCGGCCGGCCGCGCCGCCCCUAGCCCUUGUGACGGUCAGCCAGCCGCCGCCCGACACCGCAGCACGGUCGUUACAAAGGGCCAGAGCGGCGGACACCACCGGACAUGCAAUCAAAUAUCCCGCGGAGAGCAGGGACACGGUGAUAGCCGUUUAUUUUUGUCGCCGUUGAGUGGCAUGUGAUCAGUGGACGCGCGUUGUUUGUUCAUAGAAUGUCUGGAUGCGAGAGACGGGUGAAUUGUGAUGCCGAUGCUUUCAGCUAGAGGAUGUGCUAACCGUUAGUCCAGCAGCGCUGAUGUCCCGCUAUGAGAGGGCUCUGUCAAACGCAGCCAGUAUAAGACCGGGGCCGAUUCCGUGUCCAGCUCGGCCCGCCCGGCCGGACGGGCGUCAUAUGUUACUGCCGCGCGCUCCGGACAGUACGCUCUUAGCCUGAUGGGGCUCAUGUGAUGCGAGACGCUGAUGAUAAUGGUGAUACCGCUGCUGAUAGCGGUGCUCACGGAGUGUCUCGGGCCGCGCGGCUGGGCGAUCGGACGGCCGUGUGCGGCUCGAGCGGAGUGUCGCCGCUGCCCCGGGUGAUGCCUUGUUGACGGGGAGGGCGCCGCCGGCUGUCCCCCGCACCACAUAUCAUUAGUGUAAGAGCCGAGAGUCCCGCGGACCGGCUGUGAUCGUACCGCAGCGUUAAGCCCGCCGUGCCCCGUCUCGAACCUCCCGGACUGUGAGGAUCCCCUGCAAACCUCGUUCGACCUAUCCACCCUCACAACCCAGGGGUAGUGGCGCAGCCCUAUCGGUAUCGGCCCUCCCAUCGGGACCAGAUCCCGUGGGACGGGACCACCGCAGACCAUCUGGGACCGGCCCGGUCCGGUCCAGCCGCCGUCAGUCAGGGUCGGCUCUCGGGUAAUCUGCAGCCCCCUCCCGGGGGUCCGCCAUGUCACCACGAGUCACCGCUGCUGCGUUCCUCCCGCGUCAUCCCCGGGGCUGGGAGGGAGCCGCAGGGUGUAUCAGGGUGGGUGGCCAGUCCCUGGGUUCCACUGGAUCCCAAUGGAGCCGGAGGGACUGGUAUAAAAUAUCGCAGUGCGCGGGUCGAACCAAGCCACCCGUCACUCAAUACACGCGGCCAGUGUUCGGCGUUCGUUGUGCGCGCUGCUGCUGAUGUGUGCGGUGGUUAACGGACGCAAUGUUAGCGUCACUCAGACACCGUCCCUAUGCUGUCCGGCUUAUUUAGGUGCUCGCGAGGGUACAAUAGUCGCAUUGGUGCACCUCUGUGUCUGCUAAGCGCGCGCUGCGGCCUGACCCCUGUGACCUGUGACCUCUGAGGGGUCACCCUUGUUGACGUCACGCUGUUGUAACGCUUCGAAUGUGUGUGCAAUGGAAAUACAAUUUGCAUAUUUUCCA